AGCUGACCGGGCGGUCACGUGGCCCGGCCCACUGGGACGGGGGCGUCCGGCGGGCCAUGGCAGGCUCCGGGCUCUGGUUUUCGCUGCUGCUGGCGGCAGCGUUCGCUGGGCGGGCCGUGGCCCUGUGGCCUUGGCCGCAGUCCAUCCGGACCUCCAACUGGUUCUACACCAUCUCCCCGCACAGCUUCCAGUUCAAGUACCACGCCAGUUCGGCAGCGCAGCCCGGCUGCUCCGUCCUGGACGAGGCUUUCCAGCGCUACCGUGGCGUGCUCUUCGGCUCCGAGGUCUGGCCCGGUCCUGCCCGCACAGGAAAACAGCCUAUGUCGGAGAAGACUUCAUUGAUUGUCCUUGUGGUCACUCCUGGAUGUGAGGAGCUUCCUUCUUUGGAGUCAGUGGAGAAUUACACCCUGACUGUGAGUGAUGAGCAGUGUUUCCUCCUCUCUGCAACCGUCUGGGGAGCCCUCCGAGGGCUGGAGACUUUUAGCCAGCUUGUUUGGAGAUCCCCCGAAGGCACGCUCUUUAUCAACAAGACGGAAAUUGAGGACUUUCCCCGCUUCCCUCACCGGGGCUUGUUGUUGGAUACGUCUCGCCAUUACCUGCCACUGCCUAGCAUCCUGGACACUCUGGAUGUCAUGGCAUACAAUAAAUUCAACGUGUUCCACUGGCAUCUGGUGGAUGACCCUUCCUUUCCAUAUGAGAGCUUCAGUUUUCCAGAACUCAGCAGAAAGGGGUCCUACGACCCUGCCACCCACAUCUACACAGCACAGGAUGUGAAGGAGGUGAUUGAAUAUGCACGGCUUCGGGGGAUCCGUGUGUUGGCCGAAUUUGACACUCCUGGCCACACUCUGUCCUGGGGACCAGGUGUCUCUGGAUUACUGACUCCUUGCUACUCUGGGUCUCAGCCCUCUGGCACCUUUGGACCAGUGAAUCCCAUUCUCAACAGCACCUAUGAGUUCAUGAGCUCGUUCUUCCUGGAGGUCAGCUCUGUCUUCCCGGAUUUUUAUCUUCACCUUGGAGGAGAUGAGGUGGAUUUCACCUGCUGGAAGUCCAACCCCGAUAUCCAGGCCUUUAUGAAGAAGAAAGGCUUUGGUGAUGACUUCAAACAGCUGGAGUCCUACUACAUCCAGACGCUCCUCAACAUCGUCUCUGCCCUUGGCAAGGGCUACGUGGUGUGGCAGGAGGUGUUUGAUAAUAAAGUAAAGGUUCGGCCAGACACAAUCAUCCAGGUUUGGCGAGAAGAGUUACCGGUAAACUACCUGAAGGAGAUGGCGCUGAUCACCAGUGCUGGCUUCCGGGCCCUGCUCUCUGCCCCCUGGUACCUGAAUCGCAUAACUUACGGCCAGGACUGGAAGGUGUAUUACCUGGUGGAUCCCCUAGAAUUUGAAGGGAGUGCUGAGCAGAAGGCUCUGGUGAUUGGUGGAGAGGCCUGUAUGUGGGGAGAGUAUGUGGACACCACAAACCUGGUCCCCAGGCUCUGGCCCAGAGCAGGGGCUGUUGCCGAGAGGCUGUGGAGCAACAAGGGGGUGACUGAUUUGGAUUUUGCCUUUAAGCGUUUGUCACACUUCCGCUGUGAGCUGCUGAGGCGAGGUGUCCAGGCCCAGCCCCUCAGUGUAGGCUACUGUGAACAGGAGUUUGAACAAACCUGAGCAAGCAGCCCCAGACAUGGAGGAGGACGCUGGCCCUAGAAGAGUGGUCAUGGGGCCAGGCUUCCACUGCAUCCCGGCCGGGGGACCGAGCCCCUUGCCCACGUGCCCCUGUGCCCGGAGAGAAGGGGGCUGGCGCUGGUGUCCAAUAAAGAGCAAUCUGGCACUUUACUACAUGCA